AUGCAACGGGACCGUGAGAGACAGAGGGAGAGGUGGGAUUAUCUUCUCGGCCGCAUGCCUCGUCAAGUGUUCACAGACACCUUCCGCGUCAACCGGCGGGUUUUUGAGUACUUGGUAGACGCAUGGAUAAGCAGGAAUGGUGACCGCCAGCGCGUCAUACCCAUCGAAACGUGCGUCGCCAUGACGCUAGUUUAUCUUGGCACAGGCGCAACUUUCCGCCAGCUCGGCCUGCAGUUUGGUGUCGUGCCGCAGCACGCCCAAAGAAUCGUGCUGGGCUUUAUGGCGUUCAUCGUGGACGAGCUACUCCCUCUCUGGGUUUCUCACCCAUCCGCCGAGCAGAUGGCAGAGAUCGCCGAAGAGUUCCGUUACGAGGGCGGUAUUCCAGGCGUUAUAGGAGCGCUAGAUGGGACGUACAUUGAGUGCCGUGGCUUCGGGAGAGACAGGGAGGAUUUCAAGAAUAGGAAAGGGUUUUAUUCAAUAAUCCUACAGAUAGCAUGUGAUUCUAACGGAAUCAUCUGGGACUACAAUGCGGGGUACCCCGGAAGUGUCAAAGACUCCCGGGUGUUCACAAACUCCCCCCUCAAGAGCCGUCUUGAAGCUGGCGAAUUGGGAAACUACAUGCUAGUCACGGACGCGGCCUACGCUCUCACAAGCUACACUUGUGUUCCCUGGCGUGCUACUCCCGGUCGGUAUCUGCCACGCGCAAAAGACAAGUGGAAUACACAACAAUCGCGUCAGCGGAUGAUUAUAGAGCAAGUCAACGGACGACUCAAAGGCAAGUGGCGCAUCCUCGACUGCCGGAUGGAGUGCCACAGUGAGAGGGUGCCGCAGGUGGUGAGUGCCUGCGUGGCACUCCAUAACAUCGAAUUGACAAUCGGCAGCAGGGAUCGCCUUGGGCCGCCUCCGGAGCGCCACCGAUGGUGGCUCGAAGGACCCACGGCGAACCUCAAACUUACCGGGCCGGAGGUGCGCCGUUUCACUCCUCGCCUUCGGAUGAGGAGGUGGACGGCGGCGAUCUACGCCUCCUAUUGCGCCGCUCAUCCGCGUACCCGCGAAACGCCUCCCGGGUAA